AUUCGAUUUCUUCGCGUGAGAAGAACGUCAAGAAGAAGAAGGAUCGGAGUUUCGCGGAAGAUUGUAGAAAUGGUCUGGAAAAUCGUAGAAUAUGUUUCAACGAAAAUUCGAGGAUUUAUAUUGUGACGGUCGACCGUUCCGCGAGUCCGUCAAAUCUAUCCAACGAGUCUCCACGUUUUCUUCCCAAAAAAUCUGAAAUUCAACCGUUUCGAAAUACCUUCUGCAGUCCGACGAAGAGACCUUGCCCCUGCGGUAACGGGUGUGGGACAGCCGAAAAAAGCACGUGUUGCUGCAAGCGAAUUUAAAAGAAAAUCGAUCCGCAAUUUCGUUACGAGUUGAAGUUGUUUUUUUUUCAAAUACACAUUCUUCGAUAAUCCAACAGGCAAUUAUUUCGAUUUUGAUAAACGUCAGAUUUAAUUUCUUUCGGUCAAUGUGAAAUCAAAAUUAAUCAAUCAAAUUCUAAAUUUAGUACCCUAUUCGAAAACAAAAUCAAUUAAUUAAUUGAAAAAGAAAAAAAAAAAUUGUAAACGAAUCUAAAUACUGAGAUGAACAUCAGAAUGGCGGCCACAAAACUGCGUAAAAAUAAUCAGAGAAGAGGACUCGCCACGGUCGAUCUCGAUAAGAAAGAUCCUCUGGAUCUGGAGCCACUAAAUUCCGAACCCAAGGGAAAUGAUAAAUCCAAAAACAACGAGCGUCUCCGGGAACGACAGGAAAGGGAAAAAAUUCUUCAAAAAAAUCGACUGGCGCAGCAAGAGAACUUGAAGAACCGAGUAAAGCGAAAUUUGAGCGCUCGACGCGUUCCGAAGGCUGAUGAAAAUUCCCAACUGGAUGAAAAUGGAGACCGAAAUACGGGACAUCACUUCGUGUCGCCGGUUCAGAAAUCCAGCGGGCACAACCUUGAAACUGAGCAGUUUUUGACGUCGAGAGAACACAGAAAAAAUGACCGAAGUAACGACGAUGCUUUACGCGGAGACUGGAGGUCAAAAAGUGCGAAUCACAAAGCGGAAAAUACACGAUGCGCAAACUGCUGCGGACGUCCUCAGCAUUUUCCGGUCGAAAAUCGAACGCGUUGCAGUUUUCCGCUCGAAAAUUACGGAAACCCCCCAGGGAUUUCAACCGGUAGAGAAGCGAAUCGAUGCGAAUUGGAGCUGAUCAAUGCCGCUCCGAGAACUUCUGGGACGUCAUUAAUACGCGCUAUGGAAAUCGGCGAUUCGAGACUGAAAGGCGGACGCAGCGCCGCGGAAGAAAAAAAAUGUGGAAUCCACGGCGAAUCAUCAACCGCGAAUGAGGAACGAUUGGCGACCGCGGGUGGAUCGGUUGUCCGUUCGUACGACGAGAACGAAAGUACGGAGAGAUUGAGGGGCGGUUGCGGGGGCUGCGGGGCUGGAAGAAGCUGCGGUUCGUGUCCUUGCGGAGGAUGCGGAGGUCCUGCUUGUGGCUCCAACGCUCCGGGAUGUUCAAUCAGACCCGCUGGAUGCUGCGGCGGCAAUCAGCCUCGCGGUCUACCUUGCAGUUGCAGAUGCAGAAGUUGCAGCGACCCGUGUCCACCUUGCGGUACUUGCGGCGGUCGAAAUUGCGGAAGAUGGAACAGUUGUGCGGGCAGUGGUGGCGGUAAAUGCUGUUUUCCUCGGAAUACGAGACGUCGAAACGGUCCAGACUGCUGCGGAGGGGGUAGCGGAGGUUGCGGAGGUUGCUGUUGAGUUGAGCAAAAAAAAAAAAAGGAAAAACAGAUCGGAUCGCUUACCUCCGACAACUACAAAUCGAUCCAUUACCCCGCGGAAUAUAAUUACGUCACGCCCCGACGGCCUGUAAUCUUGGAACAAAAAAAAUAAUAAAAAGAAAAAAUUCAAUCAUGAAA